CGCAUCGGCACCGAGACUUGCAGGUACGUUAGCGGCGACACAGAACGUGUUUUAUUCCCGGCGUUAGUUUGUCCUGCCGAGUGCGUUACGGCAGCGGAGAGUUUGCUGGCGCCAUUUUUGUUUCUCUGCAGGAGAGAUAAAGGAUGCUUGAUUUUCUUCUUGCUUUUCUUCUUGCCUUUCUGCUUGUCUUUCUUCUUGCAAACUCGCUUUUCAUUUUCCUCUCAAAACAAAUGCCAAGAGCGGGUGGACCGAGAGCGGAGAACCACGCGAUCAGUACAUCGUCAAGGUCUUUGACUUUUAAAAACCAGUCCCAUCAGUUCACAUUGCACUACCUACUUGGAUGAGCACAUUCUGUGGACCUCCCGACCUGACCUGACUAGCGGAACCAAUGACGACAGAGACCAAGCCGCCCGACGAUGGCGCCACCAAAGUCACACAAACAAGCCAAGACCUCCCGCAACAGCCACAACCCCCCAGCACAGAGGGCUCCGGCUCGGACCCGGACGAGACCCCAGCCCCCGGGACGGGCGCGCUAGUCACGGGCGAGCCGCCGACCGAGGCGCCGGGUGGCGACGACAGCGGGGGCGCGCCCGCGCCCGUCUACUCCAUCUACACGACGUGGGAGAAGCGGUGGAUCGUGGUUGGCGGGUCGCUCGCGGCCACUUUCUCGCCGCUGACGGCGCAGAUCUACCUGCCGGCGCUGACGGUGCUGGCGCGGGACUUUUCCGUCACCGACACGCAGAUCAACCUGACCGUCACGACGUACAUGAUCUUCCAGGCCAUCGCGCCCAUGUUCAUCGGGGGCUUCGCCGACACGGCGGGGCGGCGGCCGGCGUAUGCGCUGUGCUUCGUCAUCUACAUCGCCGCCAACAUCGGACUAGCGCGGUGCCAGACGUAUGCGCAGCUGUUAGUCGUACGUAGCAUCCAGUCGGCCGGGUCGAGCUCGACCGUAGCGCUGUGCCAGGCCAUCGUGGCCGACAUCACGACGAGCGCCGAGCGCGGCCAGUACAUUGGCAUCACGGUGCUGCCCAUCGUCGUCGGGCCGAGCCUGGGCCCCGUCCUGGGGGGCGUCAUCGCCCAGUACCUCGGCUGGCGAUGGAUAUUUUACAUGCUGGCCAUCGCCGCCGGCGUCACCCUCACCGCCAUGGCCUUCUUCUUCCCCGAGACGUGCCGCCACAUCGUCGGCGACGGCUCCGUCCGCGCUCACCCCGUGUACCACACCUUCUGGCAGAUCAUCAAGAACAACUCCCUGCACCGGCGUGGGCGGCGCGCGCAGGCCGCCAGAGACAAGGUCGCGACCGACACCAACCCUCCGGCAACGGCAGAUGGCCCGCAGCGCGCAGCGUCCCCGGCGCCGAGCCGCCCGGCACCCGUAAAGUUCAAGUUCACGCCGCCGAACCUGAUGGGGUCCAUCGUGAUGCUGUUCCAGAAGGAGCUCGGCAUCCUGCUGGCGUACAACUCCAUCGUGUUCGCGGGCUUCUACGCCAUUGCGACCGCGCUGCCGAGCCAGCUGUCGGCGCCGCCCUACAACCUGUCCGGCUCGCAGGUCGGGCUCAUAUACCUACCGGUCGCCGGCGGCAGCAUCGGGGCGGCGGCGGUGUGCGGGCCGGCGCUGGGGCGUAACUACGCACGGCACGCGGCACGGCUGGACCCGUCGCUGGCGACGACAAGCGACGGCGGUGGCGGCAAGAAGAUCAAGGUCGACCGCAAGCACCAGGCUGACCUGUCACGGUUCCCCAUCGAGCGCGCCCGCCUCGAGGUCGGCCUGCCGCUGCUGCUGCUCAGCGCGGCGGUGACGGCCGCCGUGGGCUGGGCGCUGCGGGCGAGCGCGCAUCUCGCAGUGCUCUGUGUGCUGCUGUUCCUGCUGGGCGUGGGACUGGUCGGCUUCAACAACACAGUCAACACACUGAUCGUGGACGUGUCGCCAGGGCGCGCGGCCGCCGCGGUCGCCGCCAACAACCUGACGCGCUGUCUGGUGGGCGCAGCCGCGAGCGCCGCCAUCCUACCCAUGAUCGACGCCAUCGGCGCCGGCUGGGCCUUCACUGUUUUCGGCGCCACGUAUGUCGUGUUCGCGCCGGCCAUGUGGGUGGUCAUGGCCCGCGGGAUCCGUUGGCGUACCGAGGUCAAGGAGAAGGAAGAGCGCAAGGCCGAGAAGAAGAAGGCGCUAGACGACGAGAAGAAUGGGAUUGGUGGGGCCGGAGGAGGGCGGAUCGGCGAGGAGAGAUGAGGAGGGAGAGCGAGAGACCGAUUCGAGAGCGAGAAACCGAUUUGAGAGCGAGGAACCGAUUUGAGAGCGAGAGAGAAACCGAUUCGA